AUGCUGUAUCUGGGAGCUUCAGGGCAGACAUUUGGUCGUCCCAUCCACGGACAGAUGGAAGUGUGUGCUAUGUCAACUCCCGGCACCCCAGAGACUUCAUGGAGGACAUCUGAAGGCCUCUUCAUCCUUCCCUCAAACUUUGAACCUCGGGCACAAGGAGGCCGUCGUUAUGGGAAUGAACAUGAACAUGAUGAAUUGUGAUCUAGCUGUGCCAUGGGCCUCCAUGGGAAACUUAUAAAGAUCCAGUGUCAGAAUGGCAGUGGCAUAUGUGAUAGCCUCUUGGCCCAUACCCAGUGAUGUUUGCUGAUAAAAUCUUCACACUUCUUCAUCUCAUCCCCAAAAUUAUCAAAAAAAACUGCUUCCCUUGAACACUUAAACUUGAAUUUCUCAUUAUGUAUUCUAUGAUGGAGAUUGGCAAAAUGAUGAGGCAGAUCUACAGGAUGAUGGAGCAUUUAUGUCACCUAUGUCACAUGGAGCAUCUGCUUAUGAUAACACUAUCACCAAAUAAUAUUACCUCAUGGAUUGUAUGAUUGUGUAAGACUUUGGCAUUAGUUCAGCAUAUUUACAGGGUGAUAAUAGAAUUGGUUUGAUGAGACAAGUAUUAUUUUCAUUAAGUGAAGGUUUGGGUUUUUUCCCCAUGGUCAUGAAAUAGCAGUCUAUGGCAUGGAGAUUCUGCACUGCCUUAGUUGCCUUCAUGGUUCCAAUGGUGCAUAAAACAGGUCGAAAUGAAUGUGGUCUCACUGAUUGUUGCAUCAAGGAUUCAUUUAGGAUUGGCUAUAGAUCGAUAGGAAUGCUUUGAAGUUGCCUUUAAUGGAAUAUUCUGAUUCUUCAACAUUUCUUGAAUUAUCCCAUAAGUUGUAAUCACAUUCAGGUCAAGGGUUGGGGAAGCAAGAUCAUCUUUCUACCUACCAUGAACUCUUUGAAAUGUGUUUCUUGAAUUAGUUUGAUGAAUGCAGAAUGUUAGUCAAAGCCAACCAUUGGGACCUUGACCCUGACCUUGGAGAGUCUGCAUGGAAUUUUUUUUAAAUUUAAUGUCUUUGUGGCUUGAGUUGGUGGCAUUGGUGACUUUUUUAUUCAUACAUCAUUGCACAUUUGGUGUCAAAUUUCAGUGAAAAGUCCUGCAAUGGGUACUCUACAGGAAUGGACUAAAAAAACACUGAAUUUGGGUUUGCUGGUUGAAUAAAGUGUGACCAAAAAAGAAGA